GCUGUUGGACAGCACAAAGAAGAAGACGCGCGUAGUGACUGACAGUCCGCCGUCACCGGGAUAACCGGACUAAAAUGAAGAAACCGACGGAGUAUCUGCACAGUAUUGGACUAUACAAAAAAAUUAAAUAAAAUAACUCAAAGGAUAAUUUGAAUUAACAGACUACAGACGGCGGUAAAACGCCAUUGCAGCGUCUGGAAGAAGAGCUCAGCGCGUCGACCUGUCUGCACUGUGCGCUCUGCUAAAGUCAGCCUGCAGCCGCUUUAUUCUCCUUUCUAGUGACAGCCAAAUGAACCAAACACCAACGUCAGACGACAGCAGCUGAUAACUCUCGCGUACAGACAUGGCAGACGAUGAAAUAGACUACAACAUCGUGUUUCCAGAUGCGGGGACAUCCGAGAGGCACUGGCAGGGGACAAAGGAGCCGGUUGUGAUUCUGUUGGGCUGGGCUGGCUGCAAAGACAAACACCUCUCCAAAUACAGCUCCAUCUACAACGAGCAGGGAUGUGUCACCGUCCGUUACACGGCUCCCCUGAAGACCGUCUUCAUCUCCGAGUCGUUCGGCUACAAGGAGCUGAGCAGCACAGCCCAGAAGCUGCUGGAGAUCCUCUAUGAUUACGAGGUGGAGAACAGCCCUAUCCUCUUCCACAUCUUCAGCAACGGCGGCUUCAUGCUCUACCGUUACAUCGCCGAGUUGUUGCACAGCGAUAAGCAGUUCAGCUCCCUGUGUGUAAUUGGGGCUCUCGUGGACAGUGCCCCAGGUAGUGGGAACGUCCGCGGGGCCCUGCGUGCACUAACGGCCACCCUGGGGUCCAAAAUAAGUCCUGUUUUAAGAUAUGUCCUCUUAGCUGUUUUCGCAGUGACUGUUUUCCUGUUGCGAGUCGUGCUUUACCCCUUGACCAAGUACAUCCACAAGAACCACUAUGACGCAGUGCAGGAGAGACCGCCCGCCUGGCCUCAUUUCUUCCUCUACUCCAGAGCUGACCAGGUGAUCAGGCACCGGGACGUCGAGGUCUUUGUGGGAGCCUUGAAGCAGAAAGACGUCCAAGUGGACAGUUUUAAUUUUGUUUCCAGUCCUCAUGUCAGCCAUUUCCGGGAUUUUCCCGAGCAGUACGCUCUCAAGUGUCGCGAUUUCCUGGUUGCCUGCAUGAAGGACUUGGAAGGGACUGAGAUCAAAAAGAGACAGAGGGUUCAGAGUCAAUGAAACCUGGAGAGAAGCUCAAACGUUUUGCCCAAUCUUCUGUCAGUGUUUUCCAGUUUCUGAGGAGAGGUUAAGAAAAUCAGACUACUUAGUUCAGUGGUCUGAAAAAUCGGUUAGAAAAUGAGGCUGAAUUUUUUGUUUUGUUUUUGCAAGGCAGCUGAAAUUUGAGCUGAACUGCGUUCUUGCUGAUGGUUUUCUGUCCCAGUGCACAUAAUAGAAUGGUUCCACACAUGCGGCAGGUGUACUGCACUUCACCCACGUCUGGAAACCAGCCAUCUGAAACACUGUAAUUAACAUACCCGUACAUUUUUGUGGCAAAUAUGCCUAACCCUGCCUACUCGAAUGUUUUUGCAACAGUUCUAUACCACGUGUAAAAAUCUAAACUAUUGCUAUACACUGGAAAAUGAAUCCUUUAGGAUCAUUUAAAUGGUUUUUAAUAUUGCUGUGAAAUGUCAUGCAUUGUAGAUUUGUAGUAGUAGUGAUUCUAAAAUUGAGGCUGGGUGUUGUUUAAUAAUAAUCUGUAUCUUCUAUUUCUAAAAUUUCUAACGUAUUUAUUGUUUCAGUCUCACAAUUUGCCAUUAAAAUGAGAUCACAAGGGUGCUUACAGCGAAGGCGACUGUCAAAACUGAAUCACAUGAUGUUUUUUUAAUUAUUAUUUAAAUAAAAAGGUCUCAAACAGCUUGCCUUAAACAGUAAAUGCCUUUCUGAAUUGUUUUUUGGGUCCAGAAAUUGUAGAAUACUGUAGUAUAUGUGCUGCACAUAUACAAUGAAUGUAUAUGUCUACACAACUAUUGUGUUCUUUCUAACUGAUGUGCCUUCAAUAAAUCCAGAAUGCUCAUAGAAAAAA